AUAAAUAAUAUAUGUUUGAGAAUAAAAAUCGGUGUGCGUAUUUUGAAUCGGUUAUUUCAUUUAAAUGUUCGUACACGUAUCAGUUUUGUCAUUCAGCCACAGUCACAUUGAGUUUUAUGCUAUUGCUGUGCAUUUUUUUUUGUUCUUACUGUGAUAAUAAUUGUAAUGUGUACAAAUUGAAGGAAAGUAACAAAAUGUGGAGUGACAUUUGAACUGUCAUACGGUUGCAGCUGUGAAUUAUACAUUCGAUUUUAACAUUGAAAUGAAUUCAAUUUCAUUUUUCGGCUGAAUAGUUCAAAUUGAUGUAACCCUGGACUAAUCAAUUGUUCAAAAGUGCAUGAAGAAAUAUGAGAAUCAAAAUAAUUAACAGCGAAUGAAAUAUUGAUGAAGAAAAAGGAGACAAAAUAUAAUACAUUUAACACAAAUAUCAACAACAACAACAAUACAAUUCAUAAAAUACGACAAACAAUUAAAUCCCCGCCACUGAACACGCUUAUUGGAUCAGGUGGAUUCAACAUAAUCACAAAAAAAAGCAGUAGCAAUUGUACGAGAGAUUUGAAAUGACCGCUUUUGUUGUUUAUGACCGUAAAAAGGAUCGCAGUUUUGUUUUAGUUCAAAUGGAUAUGUAAACAAAUACCGUGUGCAGAGCAAAAGGCGAAAAGAGAAAGCAAACAAAAAUAAAAAGCAACAACAAUAAUGUCAACUAAAAACAUUGUAUAAAAAAAACUGCUAAAGAAGCGUGCACAACCAAGACAAAAAUAAACUGAAUCAAAAAAGGAAUUUUUACGAUUUAAACCAGAAGUGAAAACGAAUAUACAAGAAAGGAACAAACAACUUGGGUAUAAUAAUCGAAUAAGAAAACAAGUUUUGCACUACUGCAAACGUCUGCAACGAACGAUUUGAUCGAGAAUUGAAGAGUGAAGAAAAAGGCGCGAUAACGAGAAAAAGAAAAGGAUAGAAAUAAACGAGCUCGUCACACGAACCAAACACAAACAGUGUCAUACACAUAUAAAUAAAUCAGCAAACGUAUUGACAACACGUAUUUGUGCAUGGAAUUUGUUAAAUCAAGUGCAACAGUAGGAAUACGUACGAAAUCACAAAGCUAAUUACUUGUGGUAUUCGAAAGAAUAAGCAAAACAAUUGAAUGACAGAAGCAAUAUUUAAUUAUAAGAAGAACGCACAAAUUUCAAAUUAAAAAUAAUCGGUUUGAAUUGUUGACGUUAAUAUAACAAAGAAAUCGAUUGACGACAUAAACAAAACAAAAAAAAUCACGCGAAUGUUUUGCUCAGCGAAUGAUGUUCUUGUGAGUCUCACCGAAAAAACCAAAGUGCUGGCACAGAAAUGCACGCAACAACUGCGCACAGUGAAUAGCAAUCAAAAUACGGUGAAAAGCCGAUUUUACCACAUCACACCGGCAACCGAAUCGAAUGGCGAUGUCGGUGGCAAUACAACACUCAAUCGUUGCAAGUCCAUCAGCAAGUCAAACAAUGACAUGCAUUUGUGCGACAAGGAUAAGCCAUACGAUGAAUUGUAUAAAUCGAUAUCGCCGCGUAAGACAAAUGCAAAUGCAUUACGUGGAAAAAAUUUGGCGACAUGCUUUCACACAUUGACCGGUUCAUUGAAAUUGCGACGACGUAAAAGUCUACCCGACUCCGAAGCACUAUCAAUAGCCACUUGUGGCCGCCGGCGUAAAUCAAGCGCAACUAAUAACAUUGGCUAUGCAACCACAACACGGUGGUAUGUCAAGCCUACUUGGCGACUAUGGGGCGAAGAGCGAGAAAAGGACGUUAUAUUUACAGUGUAUCUAAAGAAGGUGCGAUAUCAUCGACCAACACCCAGUGCAAGCAGUGAUUCGGAUGAUGAAAUAUCACAUUUGGAAUGGGAAACGGUUCGAGUGCGUUUUGUCAAGGCGGCUACAUUAAAUCGGUUAGUUGAAGCACUAUCCACCGAUGAUGGUGAAUUGGAGAGUACGUUUGUCAAUGUAUUUUUGGCCACAUAUCGAACAUUUGCACGUACUGAACAAGUCAUCGAUUUACUAUUGCAACGUUAUGAACGAUUGCAUGCCGAACCACUUGGUGCUGAAUCGUUUGCCGAACAGCAUAAAAAGAGCUUAGUGGCAGCAUUACAUGUAUGGCUUGAUGGUUAUCCAGAAGAUUGGAAUGUUAGUAAUUUGAAGAAGAUUAUCGCAUUCACAUCGAAACGAUUGUCCAGUUCGGAAGUGCAUCACAAAGCAUUAAAUCGAUUGGAACGUUUGGCCCGGGCACGAGCACACGGCACAUCUGUUCAGCCUGCCACACCAUGGGACAAUGAUUACAGCACCGAUUUUUCACAACAAUUCAAUGGUUUAUGUUUAACACCGGCAUUUAUGCCACCAUCGCAUCUACUACAAGCAUACCGAUUUCCACACAUUUCCGUUAAACACUUUGCCGAGCAAUUGACUCGCAUGGAUAUGGAUCUAUUUAAGCGGCUGAUACCACAUCAGUGUUUGGGCGCAACAUGGUCACGUCGUGAUAAAAAUGAGGCCAACACCGUUUUGGCAACAGUCACACAAUUUAAUGCAGUUUCAUUUCGUGUCAUUUCUAGCAUUUUAAUUGAACCAAAGUUAAGACCACAAGAAAGAGCCAUCAUCGUUUCGACAUGGAUUGACAUUGCUCAGGAGCUGAGAAUAUUGAAAAAUUUCUCAUCGCUUAAGGCGAUAAUAUCGGGUCUUCAAUCGAAUGCAAUCUACCGACUAUCGAAAACCUGGGCGGUUUUACCAAGGGAAAAACUCGAGAUUUUUAAUGAAUUGGCGCGCAUUUUCUCUGAAGAUAAUAACGCUUGGGCACAGCGCGAAGUUUUAAUGCGGGAGGGAACGGCCAAAUUUGCCGAUACAACUGGCGAAAAUGAUCGGCAUUUGCAAAAAGUCUUUCAAAAGCAGGAUACGCAUAUUAGUCACGGUACGAUACCAUAUCUAGGAACAUUUUUAACUGAUUUAACAAUGAUACAUGCAGCAAUACCCGACACAAUUGGACCAAAUAAUUUGAUAAACUUUGAUAAAAAGCGUAAAGAAUUCGAGGUGUUGGCACAAAUUAAAUUACUACAGGGUGCAGCAAAUGCAUAUCAUUUGCCCGAAGAUUUAUUGUUUGAUCGAUGGUUUGCCAGCUUAUUGGUGUUGGACGAAAGAGAGGCGCAUACAUUAUCCUGUCAGUUAGAACCGCCGCCACCCUCAUCAGACAAUAAGCGUGCACCAAUUAGCGGUAGCGGUCAUAAAAAAAGUGAUUCCAUUGCAUCGAACUCAAGCAGUGGGGCCGGUUCACAAUUUUAUUGUGAAAUCGGACAUUCGAAUGAUCUCAGUUUUUCUCGGCAUAAUUCAUUAGGUCGUGACAUGACACCGCCAAAUGCAUCGAUAAUGUCAGCCACAAGUAGUGUGUCAUCGUUAUCGAUGGAUUCGUCGUCAAGUGGACAAAAUAAAGCAACGUCAACGAAUACAUAUCAAUUGCCAAAUAAUCAUUCGUCAACUGCGAACAACACUACCUCACGCGACCAAAUCGAUUUGCGAACACAUGCAAGUACACGCACCGAUAAUUAUCAGCCACUUGGAAAACCAAAUCAAACGAAUGCAAUCUAUAAUAUACCGUCAUCGCUAAAUAAUAGCACCAGUUCGAAUAGUAGCGGCCAUUAUAAUCAAUCAAUGCCACCGCAUCAACAAAAUUCACCGCAUAAAAAUCCAUCGCCCGAUUUCUAUAUCAUUCGUGUUACAUACGAAACGGAAAAUGUCGAAUUGGACGGCAUUGUAUUGUACAAGAGCAUAAUGUUAGGUAAUAAUGAACGAACACCGCAAGUGAUAAAAAAUUCGAUGCUCAAACUUGGACUGGAAGGUGAUCCCGAUAAAUAUACAUUAGCACAAGUACUGCCAGAUAAAGAAUUAAUCAUGCCGCAAAAUGCAAAUGUCUAUUAUGCCGUUAACACCGCAUACAAUUUGAAUUUUAUACUACGACCAAAACGAAAUACCGGCAUUUAAAUUGAAUUCACAUUGGUUAACAUAUGGAAACAAACAAAAGCAUACACAUACAAAGAAGUGCAUUCGCAUUUAAAUGAUAUCCGAUCGGGGAGCCGAAAUGACGUUCAUCAUGUACUAUAAAACUAAUGGCAAUAUACACGCUAAUAAGCUGAUCAGAUGAGAAAAACAAACAAGAGAAACAAACACUGAAAAGGAAAACACAAUUUAACGGUCCAAAUUUAUCAUAAAAACUCUAAACAAUUUGCACGACUUUCCACCAAAAUUUGUAGAAAUUUUAAGCACAAACUAAAUAAAAUUGAUAUGCAACCAUGUGAAAUUGAAAUUUUACACAAAUGUGACGAAUUUUAAUUUCGGGCAGCAUUAAGAGAACGAAACAUUUAAAUGAAAGCAAAAUUUGUAAUUUAUUUAUAUAAAACACACACAUACACACAAAAAAGAAAAUUUAGAAUUA